AUGGUGUCUUUACCAAAGAGUCAGCUGACUUAUCAUCACCUUAUUCGUGUACUGGAGGCGAGAUGCAGGUUCUCAGUGGACAUUUUCCAACCACCGCAGAUGUCAGCAUCAAACGAGGAGAACGACACAUCCUCCACUCGUGAUGGAAGCGAAGGAAAGGAAGCGCUCCUUCAGGAGGAGAAGAAGGUUGUUGGUGCUCCUCCUACACUUCAUCGAGCGUCAGCCUCGAGUUCACCAGCUCCAUCAUCUACCUCUUCUCAAACUCCGCGCAGACAGUGUGUAAUGCCGGAGCCUCGUAAGAAACCUGAAUUCAAAAUGUUCCUUGUUCGAAAAUUGGUGGAUCAGAUGCAUGUACUCGGUGAUACCAUCGUUGACGACAAG